GCCUCCGCGGCGCAGUUCUCGCACCUCCCAGGCCCCAGGCCGAAAUCCGCGAGCCGGUGGCGGAAGAGUGAAUGUGGCAUUCCGCUCGCGGGCGGGGCAGCCGCCGGGUCGCCGCAGGCCGCUUCGCGCGUGUGUGCAGCGGUCUCGGGCUCGGAGGAAGCCUUCUCCGCGCCCGCGCCGGUGUGGCGCCCAGCCUGCGGGUGGUCCAGAUGCCAAUAGAGGAUCCGAUUACCACUUGUCUUUCUCCCUCAGUCUAUGAUAUGAUCUGUAAACUCGGGUUUGAAGUCAGAGAAAGUUGUGAUAUCAGUGGCAUUGUAACUCAGAGGGGUGAGGUGUGCUGGCCGAGCAUCACAGCCUGUGUGACUUACACACAGUCAGCCCAGAGUCUGGAUUACCGGGGCACUGUGCGGCUGCUGGGCCCUGUGUGUGAGGCCGUCCACCAACAUUUGUUAUCUCUGACCAAGGGGGAGUUUGACAUUCGAUACGUGCCGUGGCUGCAGUGGACAGCUUUUCCAGAGUUAUUUCCUGAAAUAUUUGAUGCUUUGGGAAGCCUUCAAUGUCCCGCUAUUCCUCUUGGCUUAAUGAAACUGACGGCAUGUCUAGAACGGGCUUUGGGUGAUGUAUAUUUACUGAAUGGGAAGGAAUGCCCCUUUCUUUUGAGAGAUCUGCUUGCGUCUGAGGAGCUUGCUGCGGUCUUUGGGCGGUCUGUGAUGGACGUGCUGAAAGUCUUCGUCGGGUCUCCAUGUGGACUCAACCUGCGUAAUACCCUGUGGCAUGGCUUUGCCUCACCUCACGAGAUCCCCCCAAAAUACUGUUCAAUGAUGAUACUGUUGACCGUGGGAUUGGGUCAGCUGCUGAAGAGUUACUUGCAACAAACUAAACUUGUGUUGGGACACCGACCUUUCAUAGCUCUUACAAACCUUGAGGAUUUGGCCAUUUUCCCUGACGUUACUUCUGAGGUACUUUCAGUGUUAGAAGAAGUGGUGAGGAAAUCCACUUUCAUAUUAAAGGUCAUGUUGCCGUACUGGGAAGCUGCAUUAAUCGGGUUUAGGUCACACAGGUUUGCCGACUGUGCCAUGUUGUUACUGACACAGCUAGAGACGGGACUCAGGAGAGUUUUUGCCGCUGUUAACCAAUGUCCAAAAAGACUUCUGACCGCUGAGUCCACGGCUCUUUAUACCACCUUCGAUGAAAUAUUGGCAAAACACUUGGAUGAUGGUAAAAUCAAUCAGCUUCCUCUUUUCCUUGGAGAGCCUGCAAUGGAGUUUCUUUGGGAUUUCCUAAACCAUCAGGAGGGCCCCCGUAUAAGAGACCAUUUAAGCCAUGGGGAAAUCAACUUACCUGAAUUUCCGAAAGAGGCAGCAAACCAAUUGCUUGCAUUUUCCGUUGUACUUUUACUCAGAUUCACUGAUGAAGAUCUGUCAGCAGCCCUUAAGGAAAAAGCAGCGAUAAAAUCACUGGUUGGUCUUGCAGAGGGUUACCACGCCCACUUCCACCCAGUUUCUCAGCUUAAAAAACAGGUGCUGAGCUGUGAGAAGAGCAUCAGGGUUUGGCCCCUCCUGCCUUUGCCUGAAGAGGCCGAGGAGGCAGCCAGAUUAGAAGGUACUUCUGAAACACAGGCCUGCGAGGCUUUAAUCACAGAAAUCCUGAGAGCGCUGCCCCCCCACUUGCCCGAGAGCCGUGGUGUUGUCAGCGACUGGGACAGUCUUUCCGCCGAGAGGUGGCCCCAGGUGAUCCAGGAACUCUGCGGCACCCCUGUCCCAACUCUCUUCUGUCCCAGAACCGUUCUGGAAGUGCUCACUGUGCUCCGAAACAUCAGCACACACUGCGCCCGCGUGUCCAGCCAGGUCGCUGCCUCUGUGGAGCUGAGAUACCAGCAGUGGGUGGAAAGGAGGCUGCGCUCCCGGCAGAGGCAGACCUACCUGCACAUGCUCACUAGUAUUAAGCUUCUGUCUCCUGUGCUUUACCUGAUUUUAUUGCUGAUUGCCCUGGAAUUGGUCAACAUUCAUGUGGUUCAUGGAAAAAAUACUUAUGAAUAUCAACAGUAUCUAAAGUUCUUAAAGUCGAUCUUGCAGUACGUGGAGAACCUGGUGACUUACACCAGCCAACAGGAGAACAAGUGGAACAAAACGAUCAAUCUUACACAUACAGCUCUGUUGAAAAUUUGGACUUUCAGUAAGAAGAAACAGAUGUUAAUACAUUUAGCCAAGAAAUCCACAAGUAAAGGAGGCUUAUGAAAACCCUUAGAAGUCAAGAUGCUUUUGGCUACAUCUGAAAACUCAGCCUGAAUAGGCUUUACUAGCAUGGAAAUUGAAAAGUCAAAGGUAGAGUGGAUUGCAGGCUCUGAUUGAUCAGGGAUCAAGUUCCGUUUCUCUGCAGUUUUCUGAAUUGCUGUUUCCGCGUUUGUGUGAACCUCAGGCUGGGUACCUUCCUGGGACCAAAUGGCCGCAGCAUUUUGUCCACCAUCACACAGUGUCCAGGGGGAGCUUUAUACCCACACGUCACCCAGCAAACUCUUGAAAAUGGUCACUGUGGCCAGGUCAUCCGGCCCCCUGUCUUUACCGGCCAGACUGGGCAGGCUCCACUCCUGAGCUACCACUGGGGCACGGAGAAAGAACGUGGGCCAGUCCAGCCUCAUCCCUGGAGCGGGGAGCAAGGUUGGAUGAUCCAGAUCCUAUGGGACAGAGUUGGGGAGGAAGGUAUGGUGGGCAGACGGUGCCAGGCAGCAGGUUUGCCCGUCUGUGGCCAGGAGAGUAGGAGCCCUGGCACAUGUGUGGGUAGGAGGGUCUUGCGUAGGAGCGGGGAGAGCCGAGGACUGAGUGCAGUCGCUCCAGUCCUGCUCGGAGAGCUGGAGUCUGAUUUCCGAGGGCUCUCUCUGGGCCACUGCAGUCGUCGGGAGCAUCCAUCAUCGGCAGCUUCACACCCGCCGUGAGGCCGUCCCCAGCCGCAGGUCUGCAUGUGCGCUGGGCCUCGCACAGUGACCUGUGGCCUCUCCACCGUCCCUACCUCCCAGGCAGGUUCUAGCCCAUGCUCUAAUACAAGGAACGGUGCCCACUCUGUGUGUUUCAGGCUUCUCUGCUGUCGGAGAGCAGUGCCGAGGAGACCUCAGAGGGAAGGGGUGGCGCUGUGGGAAGACAGACAUUGCAGCACAUUCCAUCCAUCCCUUUGCCAACUCAGCCCCCACCACCCCUUUUAAACUAAACUCUGGGUAAGGACAGAGAGCGCCGAGCUUCUGCCCCUGCGAUGUGGCCGCCUCUGGUGCAGGUGUAGACCCCGGAGCCCCCGCGUCCGGGCUUCUGCCCCUGCGACAUGUUCUUUUCCAGCGGUCACACCCUCCCUUGGACAUACUCUAAUUUAAAAGAUAAUUUAUGGUAUUAGCCACUCUAAACCCUUCUGAUGUUAGAGCUCAAUGAAAAGGGGGAAAUAAAAGAAAAUAUAUUUACCAAGCACAUGAGGAGAUAGGUGGAACUCCUGUGCUUUUGCACCUGGUGAGCUGGCAGAUGUUGGUAUUAAAAAUUCCCUCUUCUAUAACUCAUUCCAUGUUACUCUGCCCUCAGUCACUCACUUCUGUUGGUGGUACCUCACCUGGUGGGUUGACCCAGACUUUAUUCCUGAGAGGUCUCCCUCCAAGACGUCUUCCUGGUUUGGGCAACUCGUUUUCCAUUGGUUCUGAUUGCUGGAAAUGGGAAUUCUAGGAGGUUCCCCAGAAGAUCUCUUAAAUUCCAGACACACACCUGCCUGCCCCUGUCUGGCAGUAGGCCUGUCCCCAAGGGAGUGGGGAGCAGUGGCCUAAGCUGUGACAGUCAACCGGCUUUGCCUUUUGGUUCGUUGGCAUGAGGUGUCCAGUACAGCCGGGUGGCCUCUCAGCCUGCAGAGGCCAAUGGGACACUUGUGUCCCUCUGUGGAGAUCUCCCUUAGGAACAGAUA